AUGGCGUAUCCCCGCAUGUUGGAUGUCAUUCUGUGCAUCCUCAUACCCGCCAACGUGUUGGGCCAGGAGUCCAACGUGUCCUGGACCCAGAUCUCAAUCCUUGGGGGAAAUCUCCUACCGACUCGGAAGCUUCACACUGCCGUACUUAGCCCUGCCGGCCGGAUGUGGGUGUUUGCUGGCCGGGACGACAAAGUGAGCUACCAAUUUCUGUCGGACACAUGGUAUAUCGACUUGCAGGCUGCCUCGCACUCAUGGACGCAGGUGUUGACAGACAACAGCCCCUCUGCAAGGGGUCGUCACAGCGCCGUCCUUGCACCAACCGGAAAGCUGUGGAUUCAUGGCGGGACGGACAACAGCAAUGCCAUCUUGAGCGACCUGUGGUACCUGCAGACCAAGAACCUCACAUCGCCAACAUGGACGGAACUCGCCGCCGGCAGCAGCUCGGCACGCAAGGAUCACAGUGCCGCGAUCACGGCUUCCGGGAGAAUGUACAUCUGUUUCGGCGGCAUUUCAUCCGGUCAGACGAACUCUCUGCGCUACAUCGACUUAGAGGACUCAUCUCCAUCGUGGAUUGACGUCAAUCCUUGCUGUAACACACCGCCAGGAAUUCGAUGGAAUCGCGAUGCCGUUCUCAGUGAUGCCGGGCGAAUGUGGGUCUUCGGUGGCUUCGGAUGGUCUAACGGACCCUUUUAUCACAACGAUCUUUGGUGGAUCGAUCUGGAGGAUGGCACCCCGAACUGGAAUGAGGUGUCCGUGACCGGAAAUGUGCCCACCGGCCGGGUAGACGCUGCGACCGUCCUCACAUCGACUGGGCGGUUCUGGCUCUUUGGCGGAACAGAUUCUCAGGGCAACAUGGAGAAUGACCUUUGGUACAUCGACGUGGAGGCUCCCAGCCCGACUUGGACACAGAGCUUUGAGAUAAACGGGCGACCAAAUGGAGUGGCCGCUCAUUCCGCCGUGCUUCUGGACGACCACCAAAUGUGGAUCUUUGGAGGGAACGAUGGCACCUUUUCACUGGAUGAGCUCUGGUAUGCGGAGGUGCCCAGCCCAGCAUUCAAUCAGACAAUUUUCUCGGGCGCCCCUUCCCGUUACCUCCACACCGUCGUGCUAGCACCGAGUGGGCGGAUGUGGAUGUUCGGUGGGCAUGAUGUUUCCGAUCACAAUGACAUUUGGUACUGCGACACCAAGGCUCACACGCAAGCCUUCACAGAAGCUUCUCCAAGCGGCAGCGCACCCGCCGAGGUCAAACGCCACACGGCCGUGCUCUCGUCGCAGGGGAACAUGUGGGUUUUCGGUGGAGAGCUAAGCGGCGGAGGGCUUGUCAACACUCUGCAUAAAAUCGACGUGGAGACAGCCGAAACUCCGACCUGGAUGCAGGUGUACCCAUCCGGCAGCAUCGAAGCCCGCAGAGAUCACACGGCGGUGAUUACAUCGAACGACCGCAUGUGGAUCUUCGCUGGCGUUCAAAACGAUUACGGCCGACGAAAUGACCUGGUCUACAUCGACGUCGAGGAUGACAAUCCAAGCUAUACAACUGCGGCUACAUCUGGAAGCCUGCCCCGUGGACGUGGCUUGCCGAGGGUGGUGCUGAACACGACAAGCAAUCGAAUGUGGAUGUUCGGCGGAUACAGCAAUGAAGAACUGUGGGAGAACGACUUGUGGUUCGUUGACCUGCGCAACGGCACUUUGACCUGGAACGAGGUAUUCCCUACUGUCAGCCCGUCCCCACGAGUGGACAUGGCUGGGGAGCUCUCUUCCGAUGGGCGGUUUUGGAUUUAUGGGGGCGCUGAUAGCAGCGGCCCUCUUAGCGAUCUGUGGUUCAUCCUACUGGAGGCCCCAGGCUGGGCGUUGACAUGGCAGCCUGUCGAUCCAGUCACGGUGCUUGGAAACCCCGGUGCCCGGCAGUACCACAGUGCCGUCAUAACUUCCUCGGGCGACAUGCUGAUCUAUGGCGGAAAAGACAACAGCGGCACGUUCUCAGACAUGUGGAGCCUGUCCCCUGUUGGUCCGGCCAUCACAACGCUGGACGCAGAGUGGAGCCAAGUCUCCCCUUCGGACCCUCCAGAUGGGCGCGUCUACAGCAGCACGGUCAUGAGCCCUGACGGCCGGAUGUUGUUGGUGCACGGCUACAAGGACGAUCCGAGUUACACCUCGGUUGCUGACCUCGUCUACAUUGACACGCAAGUUUGGCUAAGUUCCCUGGCUUGGAUAAAUGUCUCGCAACCAGGACCCACAUUUCCUUCUGCUCGGAGUGGCCACUCCAGCAUUCUCACAGAAACUGGCCGCGUUUACAUCUAUGGUGGCACCGACAGUCCAGGCAGCCCUUCGUCAUACUCAGACCUCUGGUACUUUGACACGGAGGCAUCCUCAGUCGAGUGGGUUCAGAUGUCCGUCACCUCCGCCACAAGUCGGCGCUAUCACGGCACAGCUUAUUCCUCCGGGAGGAUGUACAUGUUUGGUGGUGCAACCGGAAGCGGUACGUUGCUCAACGAUGUCGGCUACAUCGACUUGACGAUGAGUGGCAGCACCUGGUGGACCGACAUUGCUGUCACAGGCACGCCGCCGAGUGUGCGCUACAAGCACUGCACCGUGAUGAGCAGUGUUCGCCGCAUGUGGAUUUUCGGAGGCCAGCCCGAAAUGACCGGCUCAUCGUUUUUGAAUGAUCUUUGGUACAUUGACGUGGAGGAGGCUUCGACCAGCUGGUAUGAGGUUUCUGUGUCCGGUGUUGUCCCGACAGCCCGUUCUGAUCACACCGGCGUGCUCUCUGCGACAGGGAGAAUGUGGAUCUAUGGCGGCACCAGCGCUUUCGGUGUUCUAGGCGACGUCUGGUACAUCGAUGUCGAGGUCAGUGCCCCAUCCUGGGUGCGAAUGAUCGCUUCGGGCAGCAAUCCGGGGGCCCGGAUGGCUCACAGUGCUGCCCUCACUGCAGACAAUGAGAUGUGGCUCUUCAGCGGUUAUGACAGUAAUGGAGACGUGGACAACGAAUUAUGGUGCCUGGAGGCCGCUAGUCCUGCCUGGAUUCCUAUCACUGACUGGACUAAUGCCCGUUACGACCACUCUUCUGUGAUGACAGCCAGCGGACGUGCUGUGGUUUUCGGCGGCUACACAGGCACACUCGGCCUCAACGACCUGCAGGCCUACGAUACGCAAGCAUCCUCUUCAAGUUGGUAUGAGAUCUCGACCUGCUGCCCGCCCGCUGCACGUUGGAGCCAUACCGCUGUCAUCACAUCGGCGGGGCGCAUGUGGAUUUUCGGCGGUUGGGAUGGGUCCAGUAACUACAACGAUCUUUGGUACGUCGAUGUUGAGGAUCCCUCACCUGCGUGGGCUCAAGCUUCCCCUUCCGGUAACAUUGCAGCGCGGUCGGAGCAUGUAGCCGUCAUUUCGGCUGCUGGACGCAUGUGGGUGUUUGGUGGCCGUGACAUCAGCGGCGGUUCGCGGCUCAAUGACCUUUACUAUAUCGACCUGGAGUCCGACAGCCCCGAGUGGGUGCAGGCCAUGGCAUCGGGCGUCGCACCCUCAGCGCGCGGAAAGCCGAGCGCCGGUAUGAACGAUGCCGGUCUUUAUAUGGUGAUCUUCGGUGGUUGGGCAGACUCGGGAGGUUUCCAAGAUGACCUGCACUACCUCGAUUUGCAGGACCAAACUAUGCCCACCUGGCAUCAGGUGUCCACCUCUCGCAGACCCCCAGCUCGUGCAGAUGCCGCAGCUGUCCUGACCAACGAAGUACGUUUUUGGCUCUUUGGCGGCAAUGGUGUUGGCCAACAACGCAUUGACGAUGUAUGGUUUAUCAAUCUGCAGGCUGCAACACCCAACUGGGUAGAGGUAUCACCCAUCACUACGUCUGGAAGCCCGUCGGCACGGCAGUUUCACAGCGCUUUGCUGACGCAGCAAGGGGACAUAUUCUUUUCGGGUGGCAAAACUGGUGCAGGAGUUGCAACAGACGUUUGGUACCUUGUGGGGGUGGCGGCGAAUGUGACGGCCUCCACCACUACGAGCACGACCCGUUCCACAUCAACCAGCACGACAACUACAGCGAUCAUCGUUUCGUUGAGAUGGACCGAAGUGUUUCCAUCUGGAGGAACGCCAACAGCGCGCAGUUAUCACAGCGCCAACGUCGACGAAAGUGGAGGGAUGUGGAUGUAUGGCGGCUGGCACCCAGGCGGUGCUUUGGAUGACACAUGGUACAUCGACCUGCAGGACUCGAUGCCAAUGUGGACUCAACUCUACCCGAACAGCACUCCUGGUGGACGUGCUCGUCAUGUUUCCUUCCUUGAUGAGACCGGGCGUGUGUGGAUCCACGGAGGCUUCGACAGCAGCCCGACUAUUGUUGGCUCGCUUUGGAUGCUGGACACACAGGCAUCGGCUCCGAAUUGGACUGAAAUGACAGACGGCCUCCCGCCGCUCCGAGACCACAGUGCUGUCAUCACAAACACUUCGCAAGUGUACAUGUACGGAGGAUAUGGAGGGGUUGGUUACUGUUGUGAAAGGUCCAGUCUGUAUACCUUCAAUCUUCAGGAUGUACAAAUGUACUUCGACAUGUCCGGCUCGAUUUCUGGCUCCUCGCCUGGAAAUCGCCAUAUGCACAUCGCCGUGCUCAGUAGUUCGAACCGAAUGUGGAUUUUCGGUGGUCUCCAGGCGGGAAGCAAGCUGAAUGACUUGAGGUUCGUGGAUUUAGAUGAAGCAAGCCCGAGCUGGAAUGAAGUUUCUCCCACUGGAGCACUUCCGGCGGCACGCGAUCUUCACAGUGGCAUUUUCACCAGCACUGAGCGUUUGUGGAUCUAUGGUGGGACGGACACCAACAACAAUUUCUUGGAUGAUAUUUGGUUCAUCGACCUGCAGGACAUUUCGAACACUCCUUUCUGGAUGGAAGUCUCCGCACAGAACGCCCCCAGCGCACGGAACCGUCACUCUGCGGUCUUUUCCUCCAUGUCGGAAAUGUGGGUCUUCGGAGGCGCCAACAACAACGGUUACAAAAACGAGUUGUGGCUUUUGGAGGCAUCAAGCCCUUCCUGGUCGCAAAUUGCAUAUAAAUGCUGCAGUACGCCAAAUCCUCGCAUCAAUCAUCGUGCCGUCUUCUCAUCCGACCAGCUCAUGUGGAUCUUCGCCGGCUGGGACGACGUGAGCAUGAGUCUGGUGAACGAGCUUUGGUACUUGGACUUCCAGGAGGAUCCGCCGGGAUGGUAUCAGAAGAGCCCCUCCACAAGCCCCAGUCAACGAGUUGAGCACAGUGCCGCCUUGUCCGGGACCAACCAGCUCUGGAUCUAUGGUGGUGCCACCAAUGGCAAUAGCGUCCUCUCCGACCUUUGGUACAUCGACCUUCCAGCUGCCUCCUCGUGGGUCCAGAUGCACCCAUCAGGCAGCGCCGGCUCUCGUAAAGGACAUUCUGCAGUGUUCACUGCGCAGGGCAUCAUGUGGAUCUUCGCCGGAAAUGAUGGAGCAAGCGAUCUGAGCGACGUGAUGCUAAUUGACCUGGAGGCGACAAGCCCUACCUGGAUGACAACUUCUGUGAUGUCAAGCACGCCUACCGCUCGUUCCCGUCACCAGGCAGUUCUUCGCCACCACACGAACAAGAUGUGGAUCUACGGCGGCUACACAAGCUCCGGAGACUUCUUUCACUAUGACCUUUGGUCAGUCGAACUGGCGGAUCCGGAGAACCUUUACUGGCAGCAGUCUUUUCCGAGUGAAAGCCCUCCGGUGCGAGCUGACUGCUCAGCCGUGUUAACCUCCACUGGGCGGCUUUGGAUCUGGGGAGGAGUCAACAGUGGUGGAGUUCUCAAGGAUCUUUGGGUCAUCGAUGUGGACGCAUAUACCCCGACCUGGUCAGAGAUCUAUGCCGUGACCUCUGCUGGUGGUCCUGGAGGGCGUAAUAUGCAGAGCACGGUCAUCACGCCACAGGGGGAUAUGUUGAUCUUUGGUGGUUCCACAGCGCCACUCAGUGGAACUCCAAGUGCGGUGAACAAUGCAUGGCGGUUGUCGUCGGUUGGGGACGAGCACCAGCAGCACCUUGUCACAUACCAGCUCAUCCUCGCUCAGCACGACACUGACCGGGACGACCAGCAGCACGCAGACCGGCACCACACAAACCACUACGAGCAGCACGGAAACCACCUCGACGCUGAGUUCUUCCAGCACCACUUCGACGUCCAGCACGCUUUCGUCCACCAGCUCAACUUCAACUACCUCGACUUCCCUGACCUCGAGCAGCACGACUGCUCCAGCACAUCCAGCACAUCCCAAACGACGAGCUCCACCUCGCAGACCUCCUCGAGCUCAACGUCUUCGACCACAACUACCACAACGACUUUGCUGGGAGCUGUAGUGCUGCCGGACGAGUUGGUGGGCACUACACAGGGAGAGGUGCUCGCGCAAUCCCUGCAGACAGCUCUGAUGGUCGCGUCGCAGAAAGAGCCCAUCUACUCCGCCACCACCGCCACGGGCAAUGUGACAGCAGUCAAGCUCGAACGGCCCACACAGGAUGAGCAGGGACCGAAGGUUUUGGUUCUCAACCGAACCAGGGAUACUACCAUUCCGAUCACUGUGGUGUUACCUCCUAACCUCAUCGGGGACUUGUCUACCGAGGGCAAUGUGAUAAUGGUGGUGACCGAGAUCGCGGACGAGGUGGCGCGGGAAUUGCCGCCGCAAACAGCGAGCGGCGACACGGUCAUGAUCAACUCGCCAAUCGUGGAGCUGUCCUUUGCUCGGGAGGUCAGCGGGGAGGUGGCUCUCCUUGAGGUCUCUCAAGUUUCCGAUACCGUCAACCUCACGGUCGUCGGCCGAACACCUGUGCCUGGUGAGAGGUGCGCAUUCUUCAACUCCACCACUGGAUCUUGGUCAACAGUUGGAACUGAGAUCGCUGGCCAAGUCGUAGUGAAUGGACAAAACCUGGACGCUGCAUGGUGCAAGACGACGCACACCUCCAUGUUUGCCAUCGUGGAAACCAUUCCAUUCGACGUCUUGUGGCAGACGAGAGCCAGCGAGCUGAAUGCCAGCACUUACAUGAUCGCCUUGGCAAUCGUCAUGAUCGUCCUAUGUUUUGCUGGGGUGGUUGUGUGCUUCCUCCUCUCGCGCCGGCUUCGGCCACCAAGCCGCGGCACAGCCAAGCUCUUGUAUAAAAAAGGACAGAUGAAACCCAUGUCGUUCCAGUGCAGCAGAGUCAUCACGGAUGGAGGGAAAGAGGUUGACACCGGCUCACCGCAAAACGCCAAGGUGCACAAAGUGUUGGUAAAGUGGGACAUCGAGCCGGAAGAGAUGGUACAAGACAUCAACGAAUUACAAGGCUUCCGCCGCUUGAUGACCGACAUUGGCGGCCCCGCGCUUGAGGUUGUCCGAGUGAAUUCCGAUCAAUCCCAGCUGUCCCGGGCGUCUUCGCGCAAAACGACGCAGCGCUCCUUACAGCAGCUUCAGGACGUUUUUGGCAGUAUGAUCUUGGACGACGACGACGAGGAGUUCCAGGCUGGCGUGCAGCUUGAAGUGCCGGACGAAGAGAUGGUAGCGGUCGACAUCGACGAUGCAAUCCGGCAAGCCGCCCGAGUCGUGACGAAAGAGGCAUACGAACACGAAGAGGCGGUGCUAUACUUCUCCACAUCCCAGCAGUGCUACAUACCUGCGAAGGUGACGGGCUCGGGAACCUUCGACGGAGAGGGCAUGUUGCCACUCUACAGCCUCCUUGUCGGCGUUCGCGCGCAACAACGGGACCGUGUCCCGAUGCAGCUCCUCCGGGCACCCCUGGUCAAAGGAGUUCGCGUGGAGGUGUACACGGACAAGCUGCAGAAAUGGCUCCCGGCGCUCGUGUUGCGUGAGCCCUUGGGAUUCGUCUCGCAUUUGUCCAAGUACCACAUCGUGCUGGACAACCUCACCUUUUCUGACCGUGAAAAGAUGAAGCAGUGGGACGUGCCCCUCAGCCACCUCCGGCGUCGCUUCGAAGUUGAUGCCAAGGUACACGUCUACCGCGGUCGCGAAGAUGGCUGGGUGUCGGCCACUGUGGCCACUUUGACGAUCGAGUCGGCCCUGCCGCAAGUGUCAGACACGACAUCCUUCGCUCCGACAUCACCUCGAUCGGCAGACGCGACAUCACCGCGAAUGGUUGCGGGGGCGGCGACUUUUGUGAAUGUGAUAUUCUCUGGAACGGAUACGGCUGUCGAGGUGCCUUCCUUCCUAGUUCGCGAACAAGCCGACGUACUCGCACUCUGA